GCAAAUAUUUUGUUAAGUAAAUUUAAUACAUAAUGUUCAUUUCGAGAUAUUCUAAGGUUGACGAAGCGACCGAUGGCGAAAUAAAAGCGGAUGCUUCGCACGGCUACUUUCAAGGACAUAAGUGUCUUCUGCCACCUGACAAGAUAUCCACUUACGAAAUACAAUGCAGUCGUCUUAGGAAAUUUAUUCUUAACCUAAUAUCGGUACACGAAGGUGACGUCAGAGCCAAAAAUAUGUUCAGGUCUUACGCAGCUUUAUGCAUGGAAAGACAACGACAGUGCAGGCAUUAUCCGUUCUCUAUUCACCCGUAUAGUAGGAUGCGACUUUGGUUGGAAGCUUUAUUUGUUGUUAUCAUGCUAUUGUCUAACAUCGGCCUUGCUGUUUUGAUCAGCAGAACUGAACCUGACUUACAUGAUUACUUUAGCACUACAGUCAAGGCUUUAGAUUUCUUAUACAUCUUUAAUAUCUUCUUCAAUUUUUUUACCGGCUACAUAGAAGGCAAUACUUGUCAACGUGUGGUGUUAGACCUUAAGAAGAUCGCUUGGAAGUACGCUUGCACUUGGCUCAUCGUUGAUGUUACUUCAUCUUUGUCUUGUCUGGAUUUGUUCUACGAAACCCAUGACGCCAUAAUCUGCCUUGUGUUUGGAUCUCUCAAGAUAUUAAGAAUGCUCACCCUGUAUAUGUACGUGAAAAAUUUAGUGACAGUACUGAAAAUAGGGAUCCUGUCAAAGACUCUAGUAGAAUCAACUCUAUUUAUUUUGUCAUAUUUGACGUGGAACGUGUAUUUCCAAUUCAUGGUGGAGUAUAUGCAAGAACAAAGCUAUACGCCCGAAAAUCCGAGGAACUGUUCUUGGUUGUCGAUAGGAAAACUCUGGAAUCAAACAUCUACAACGAGAUUCGUUUACUCCUUCGAUCGAGCUGUGGGCAUGUUACGAGGCAACGCCAAUUUGAAUCUCUUAAAAACCGAAGGAUGCUUCGAAAACUUUUUUAUGGUGGCCUGGGUGAUUGCUAAGAUUAUAGUUUUACAUUGCGCUUUCAAAUACAUAAUUGCACUCUUCGGGUCUGAGUCCGCGCGGGCCAAGUACUUCAUGAUGCAGCAACAAAUCGAAACAUAUAUGAACCAAAGGAAAUAUCCCUCGAACAUUAAGAAGAAAAUCAUGAAAUUCUACUCUCUGAGAUUUCAGUCACAUUUCUUUGUUGAGUCUCGUAUGAUGUCAUGUGUGUCGGGACAAUUGCGUGAGGACUUGAUAAUGUACAGCGGUCGUCAGUUGAUGAGAGAUGUGGCCUUUCUGAAGCACAUACCGCGAGCUUUGCUAUUGGAAGUGGGCCUGAGGUUACAAAUGGUAUUAUUUAUAGCAGGCGAUGUUAUAAUGAAGAUAAAUACUAUUGGUGACUGUAUGUUCUUCAUUGACAAAGGUACAGUCGCGAUAUACUCUGAAUCUGGUAGGGAAGUGUGUCAUUUAGAGGACGGGGAUUUCUUCGGCGACAUUGCUCUUACAAUGAAACAUAAACUACGUACGGCAACUGCAGUAGCGGUGACCAACUGUGAACUUUUUAAAUUAAAUAAAGAAGACUUUGACAGUACAAUUGCUUGCUAUCCAACUGUUUAUGAGGAAAUUGAGAAAGUUGCAGCAAGUAGGUUGGAAAGAACUCAUGUCUUGGACGAACAUCAUAAGGCCGAGAGUAAAAUGCUUCAUGGUUACGAUACCAUGUAG